GGAGGUUGAGGCUCAAGCACACAUCCUCCAGAAUGCCCAACUCCAACUCUAAACUUCAUCGCAGCCCUCGGGGUGGCCGGGAAGCUGGCAGGAGGGAGUUGGUUACCAGGUCACUGCAGAGCGCUCAGCAUUGCCUGGAGGACCAGGAUUUUGGCACUGCAUAUGCCCACUAUCUUCUGGUGCUAAACCUAGCUCCUGAGUUAAAAACUAGUGUCAAAGAAACCUUUCAGUUCACUCUCUUUAAAUGGGCAGAGGAGCUGGAUUCCCUGGCACGCAUUCCAGAUCUGUUCAACUGCUAUGAACAAGCACUUGAACUCUAUCCAAAUGAUGAAGUGAUCUGUAACAGCAUGGGAGAACAUCUUUUCAGGAUGGGCUUCAGAGAUGAAGCAGCUGGGUACUUCCACAAAGCCGUGAAGCUCAACCCUGACUUUGCCGACGCGAGGGAGAAUUUCUACCGCGUUGCGAACUGGCUGGUGGAGCGCUGGCAUUUCAUCAUGCUCAACGACUCCAAGAGGAACCUGACCUACCUGAGAGCCAUCCAGAACGCUGUCCACUCAGGCUGCACCUCUGUCCUUGAUAUUGGGACAGGGACAGGCAUUCUGAGCAUGUUUGCCAAAAAGGCAGGAGCAUCUUCUGUCUAUGCCUGUGAGCUCUCAAAAACCAUGUAUGAGCUUGCCCGGGAUGUGGUGGCAGCAAAUAACAUGGAGAGGGAGAUCAACCUUCUGCAUCUGAAGUCCCUUGAUCUGGAAAUUCCAAGGCACAUGCCUGAAAGAGUGUCCUUGGUCGUCACAGAAACAGUGGAUGCUGGUUUGUUUGGGGAAGGCAUUGUGGAGAGCUUGAUACAUGCUUGGGAGCAUCUCCUUCUCCAGCCAAAGCCUAAAAAUCAAGAUGCCAGUGCUGGAGACUAUGGCAGAGUUAUUCCUGCAAGUGCUACAGUGUUUGGGAUGGCAGUAGAGUGCAAAGAGAUACGGAAGCAUCACAGAGUGGAAACCCAAGAAGUUGCUGGUGUGUGCUUGUCAAAUGCAGUGCAGUUCUUCAGUGCAACUUAUGCUUGUGCUGGCUCAGAGGAAACUGUUGAACCUUACACCACUGAGAAGCUCAGCCGUGUUCCUGGAGGCUACAUCCCCCUGACAGAACCCUGCCAAGUCAUGACAGUAGAUUUCAAUGAUCUACAGGAGCUGAAAAGCCUUGCAGCCAGAAAGCCAUGGAAGCUCAGCCUGCCAGUCAUUGAAGGAGGAAUACUAGAUGCUGUUGUGGUGUGGUUUGUGCUACAGCUUGAUGAUGAGCAUGCUCUGUCUACAAGUCCUAGUGAGGAAACUUGCUGGGAGCAGGCAGUCUACCCUGUGCAGGGCCGCCUUGAUUAUUCUGUGAAGGCUGGAGAUACUGUGGUGAUGGAGGUGUGCUGCCAAGACUGCUACCUGAAGAUCCAGAAGGUUUCUUCUUUGCCCCCCGAGUGUGGGAUGGACUUCGGUGACAGAGACGACCCGCUGAGUUUGGGCAACGAGGCUGAGCUGUGUCACGCUCUGGCUGGGCUACAGACAACCAGCAAACAGGAUGGCAGCAGUCAAGUGUGUGUGUUGGAAUCCACAGAAAUAGCCCUGCUGAAUGAUGUCCCCUACCAUGAAUGCUUUAAAGCUGCCAUGGGCCAAGUGCUGCUCUCGCUGAAUCCAGGUAAGGACUUGCAGUCCAUGGACGUCGAUGGGCAUGGCGGCGAGGCGAACGUCCCAGCGAGUCAAAGCAAGGGCUCUCCAGAUGAGGUUCCUGAUCCUCUGUACAUUUUGGAUGUGUCUGAAGGCUUCUCCAUCCUGCCCAUUAUAGCUGGCAAACUGGGACCAGUUAGAGCCUACAGUUCUGUGGAGAAGGAGCAGCAUCAGGCAGCACUUAAUGUCAUUGCAGAAGCUAACCACUUCCCUAAGGAAACCUUGGAGUUUUGGCUCAGCCACUUAGAAGAUGAAAGUGUUGUGCUCCAGAGACCCAAAUCAGACAAACUGUGGAGUAUCAUCAUCUUGGAUGUGAUAGAGACAUCAGGCUUGAUCCAGCAGGAGGUGAUGGAAAAAGCUGCAAUAUCCAGAUGUCUGCUUCACAGUGGAGGGAAGAUUUUCCCACAGUAUGUCUUGGUCUAUGGGAUGCUUGUGGAGUCUGAGUCUCUGCUACUGGAGAGUGCUGUCCAAGGAUCAGAACCAACUCUGGGCUUUAAUGUAGCCCCUUUCAUCAACCAGUUCAAGGUACCUGUUCGUGUGUAUUUGGAUCUCUCCACCUUACCCUGUCUACCCUUGAGUGAGCCAGCAGAGCUUUUAAGGCUGGAUCUCAUGAACCCUCUGCUGCACAGCUCCAGCAGGGAAGUGAAGGUACAAAUCUGUAAGUCUGGCAGAGUCACUGCCAUUCCCUUCUGGUAUCACAUCCACCUCGAUGAAGAGCACAGCUUGAAUACAUCUGAGGAGUCAUCCCACUGGAAGCAAGCUGCAGUUGUUCUGGAUGAGCCCAUCCCCGUGGAGGCUGGAGAGGAGCUGCUGCUGGAGGUUCAGCACCACAAAAGCAAUCUCAGCAUCACAGUCAAGCGGUGACCCCUGAGGUGGUGCAGCACCUGUGCAGCACCUGACUCUUCCUACCAGCACUGCUGCUCAUCUGCAUUAAAAGCCUACAUUUUAUCUAUGGCUCCAAGAGGCUUGUUUUGUGGCUUUGAGAGGAGAGGCUGGGGUUCCACUGCUGGACUGCCACUUGUCAGGGGAGCAAGGAGGUGAUUGGUAGCUAUUGGAGUGACCACAGCAGAGAGACAGACUUCUGCUCCUCUCACAAGGCCAUUUUCAGUACAAGCCUUAAAACACUGCAAGGCCAAGCUCUGGUACCAGUUCCACUUAAGCUCCCUCUCUCCCACCAAGAGGGCAGUGGUGGUCCCCAGGGCGCCUGCCCUCCACUUCCUGCAGCAGUAAAAAUCAAACCAAGAGAAGGUGAACAGUUUAAAUAAAAUCUUUAAUGGCUUAUUUACAACAAAGGCAAUGAGUUGGCAAAUUGAAAAAUCUCUUGUUUUGUUUUGUUUCCACUUUCCCACUAACUUCAGGUACAGCAAGGCCAGAGUCAGCUCUCACCUCUGCAGCCUAGUGAGUAAGGCGCCGUAUUUACAUCACACUAGUACUGCCAAAGAAGCACUUCAGAUGAAUUCACUGGUGACAGCCAGAGGGUUAAAACAGUGAUCCUGCCCAUGCUGACAAUGCUGCAGCUUCAAAUGUCACUUGAAAGUCAGUGCUCUACAGGCUGG